AUGAGGUUUUAUGUGCGGGAUGAAUACUAUAAACUCGAUGAAUUCGUGGAGGAGCAGAGACAAUCAGACGUCACUGAGCGUUAUCGCCGCAGACCAAUUUUGCUUACUGGACAACCUGGAAUAGGCAAGACCGUCUACUUGACGUACUGUCUCGUGAAUCGGCUCGCACAAGGAAAGCCCACCGUGUUUUCUAGGUCGCAUUCGAUACGUUUCGCCUUUCUCAGUUCUGGCGUUUACCUGAUUCCAGACAAUUCCUUCCAUCUUUGGGAUGAUCCCGAGCUCUCCGCGGCUGAAGGACGAGAUUUGGAUGGCCUUGUUCUCUUCGAUCUAAGUUCGAAUGAAAAGGUCGACACUUCCUUUCAGCGAUGGAGAGUCUUGGUAGCAUCGUCGCCCAAGCCACAAGAGGUACGUGGAUGGAUAGAGGAAAAUGACGUGAACGUGUUCUACAUGAGAACAUGGAGUUGGCAAGAAGUGUAUGUCUGUCGGUGA